AUGCCUCCACGAACGGAGGUUCGAUAUGUCCGCCUACCUGACGGUGGCCUAGUCGAUAGGGACCAGAUCUCCGAUGAUCAUCAAGGCACCCAAGGGGCGACCGGUUCCCAGAACACUGGUAGCACUACCCAAGAGGCGGCCCCAAAUGCCCCACCGCCGCAAGCCGUGAUACCCACACCUCCCCCACCACAGCUACUUCGGCCUCUCCACUGUUCUGAAGCGGAGAAUAUCGAGCUCCUUUCAUAUCUCUUUGAGAAAGAGGCAGACUUAUGGUGGGAGAGUGUUCUCCGGUCCGUUCUCGAGAACCACGUGUGGACGUGGGAGGAGUUUGAGAGCCGCUUUAAUGAGAAGUACCUCCCUCAGACGUACCAGCAUGAGAGGAAAAAUGAAUUCCUCCGCCUCCAACAAGGGGGGAUGACCAUAGCGAAAUACGAGAACCAUUUUACAGAAUUUUCGCACUACGCUUCCGAAAUGAUCGCCAACAAGGCGAUUAAGAUGAGGCGAUUUACUACGGGGUUAAGGAGCGGCAUCCGCUCGAAGAUGUGUUGUGUGAGCAUCUGGACCUAUGCGGAGCUCGUCGAGAUGUCCAUACUGGUGGAACAAGAUGAAGAACGAGUCUCACGGACCCAUUCACAACUGGGGCCACGAAACAGGAUGGAGGGACCGUCCUCUUCCUUUGCCGAGAAAAGGCCACACCUAAACUCUCCGCCCAGGCUAGCGGUCACACCGACCCCUUCUACACGAUCUACGCAGGUGUGUAACUAUUGUGGGAGGACGGGUCACUCCGAGCCAUAUUAUUUUGCAAGGAUGAGGGACCUUGGUUUCACGCCACCUCAGCGCAACAAUAGACCUCCACAGCAAGCAUUGCAGAUUCUGCCUCUACGGACGAUGGGGCCUAGCCAGCAGUUUCGCCGUCCCCCUCUACUGCAAGCACGAGUACAUGCACUGGUGGCAGAGGGCCAAGAUGCAAUCACCCCCACUCCUACUGCCUUCGAGGUGACCGCCCACAUACAAGGUACCCUCAUAUUUUUGUUGGUGGACACCGGGUCCACUGCUUCUCUCAUUUCACAUGCAACCGUCAAGCAUCUAAGACUACACCCCACUCCAUUCAUUGGAGUAAAGAUUAUUGUCGCCGCCAGUACUUUCUCAAAAGUAACGAAGAUAUGUCGUGAUUGCCCCAUUGACUUGGGAUGCAAGAUGACGAUUGUGGAUUUGAUAGUGACCAAGAUCUUCCAUUAUGAUGUCAUCCUGGGCAUGGACUGGUUGACCAUGAUGAAGUCGGAGAUCGACUGUGACACUCUGAUAAUGAAAGUAUACGAAGACAAUGAACUUCCUUCACAUUCCCAGUCCAGGUGA